AAAAGACCAUCGGCCAAAAACGACCCUCGGUGGCGAAAACAUUUGAAACGACCUAUCACGUGGCACUGGCAGUGCUGACAAACAAUCAUUCACACGUUUUACCUUCUCGCCCCCAACCACUACCCCCCACUCCGUUCCCAGCUUAUAUCCACUCUUCGUCUUCAAAAUGGCCAGCAAAGCUGCUCAGAAACGUCUCACGAAGGAAUAUGUCGCGAUGCAAAGGGAGCCACCCCCAUUUGUGUAUGCUGUACCAGACGAGAAGAAUAUCCUAACAUGGAACUAUAUCAUAAGGGGUCCAUUGGAUUCGCCUUUCGCUAGUGGAGAAUAUCAUGGAGUGUUGUUAUUCCCUUCAGAGUAUCCUUUCAAGCCGCCCGGUAUCAAGAUGUUCACACCCUCUGGACGAUUUCACCCCGAUAAGAAGAUAUGCUUCUCAAUGUCAGACUUUCAUCCGGGGACUUGGAAUCCAGCAUGGAGUGUUGCUACAAUAUUGACUGGCCUUCUCUCCUUCAUGCUAUCAGAUGAAAUGACUACGGGAUCUGUAUCAGCCAGUGAAUCACAGAGACGUAUAUAUGCAGCGCGCAGCCAUGCAUGGAAUUUAGGACAAGCACGGUUUAAAGAAGCCUUCCCUGAGUACUGCACGACGCUCGUCAAGGAUCUUCCAAAUAUGGGCGAAUCUGUCAAAAGCUCGACAUCUUCAAUGCUAUCACCGCCAACGUUUUUUUCACCCCCUAAUCCUCAGGCCUCCUCAACCACGAUAUCCACGCCUGCAACGAUACCCCUCCCUGCAAUUAUUCCCAACAGUGUCAUCGGCCCUUCAGAUGGCAAGGGAGAAGACCAUCUACAUGGCUCUACUGGAAUUGCCGCUUCAUUGGGACAUAUGUGGGAGAAAUGGAAGUGGGGCAUCUUGAUUGUGCUGGCUGUAGUAGUUUCGAGAAUCUCGACUGCAAGAGCAUGAGCGGGCGAGCUCCGACAACACUUGUAACAUGUUUAUAUUUUUUUUCCCUCUGGGAUAGGCUCAUGAAUCUGGCCGACGUUUAGUGAUAUCUCUCUCUCUUAGGUAUACUACCGAGUUUUUUUCUUCCUUUCUUUUCUACAUGUACGGUUACAAUUCCGUUCUCUCUAGCCCAAGUUUUGGACGUUACACUCGUUACAUAAAUGACCCCAUUCACCCAUUUCAUGUUUUCCAACCUUACAAUCUGUGAAAUAAAUAAUUGGAUGUGUAGUUUGUGUAUAGUCUAAGUAUCAAUGACUGAUUUGAUGUGUUCGUAA